UCAGGGCUGCGGGCCUCCUCACACGCUGGCUGUUCAGAUAGUCUGAGGGAUGAGGCUGCUGCAGCCAAAAGUGGGUUACAUUACAGUACUGCCUGCUGCUGGAGAUGGAGGACCAAUAACCUCAGAAAACAGCGCACAGGAGCAGCUGGGCCAGCAGAGCACUUUGUGAGGGCUCAUCUGGACACUCCGCAGUGGGGUACCGCGAAGAGCCAUGGGGGUGUUGAUGUCCAAACGGCAGACAGUAGAGCAGGUACAGAAGGUGAGCCUGGCUGUGUCUGCUUUCAAGGAUGGACUACGGGACAGGCCUUCCAUCCGGCGCACCGGUGAGCUUCCAGGGUCCCGCCGUGGCACUGUAGAGGGCUCUGUCCAGGAGGUACAGGAGGAGAAGGAAGCAGAGGCAAGUACCCCAGUACUGCAAGAAGAGAGCAGUACCAAACGUGCAGCCUGGGAGAGGCUCCGAGAUGGGCGUGGAGUGGAGCCGGAGGAGUUUGAUAGGAGUAAUCGUUUCACACCGCCGGCUUUCAUCCGCCCCACCCGGAAGCUGGAUGAUGACAAGCCUCCUGAUAUCUGCUUGGAGCCCAGAGAACUUGUUGUCAACGAUGAGAUGUGUGAUGUCUGUGAGGUCUGGACAGCUGAGAGCCUCUUUCCAUGCAGGAUCUGUACCAGGGUUUUCCAUGAUGGCUGUCUGCGCCGCAUGGGCUACAUCCAAGGAGAUAGCGUGGCAGAGGUGACUGAGGCAGCCCACACAGAAACUGGCUGGAGCUGCCACUACUGUGAUAAUCUCAACUUGCUUCUAACUGAGGAGGAAAUGUACAGCCUCACAGAGACCUUUCAGCAGUGUAAAGUCAUUCCUGAUUGCUCCCUGACACUGGAGGACUUCCUGCGCUACCGCCACCAAGCAGCAAAGCGGGGGGACAGUAACAGGGCUCUAAGCGAGGAGCAAGAAGAACAGGCAGCCCGCCAGUUUGCAGCUCUGGACCCUGAACAUCGAGGACAUAUAGAGUGGUCUGACUUCUUGUCCCAUGAGUCCCUCCUACUUCUGCAGCAAUUGCGUCCCCAGAACUCUCUGUUAAGGCUUCUGACAGUCAAGGAGCGGGAACGAGCCCGGGCCACCUUCCUCGCCCGGGGCAAUGGGAGUACUAUCAGUGAGGCAGAGUGCCGUGCAGCCCAGCACUCCUGGUUCUGCAAACGCCUUGCAGAGGCUCCUUCCUGCAGUGUCAGCAUCAGCCAUGUGGGUCCCAUAGCAGACAGCAGCCCAGCUAGCAGCAGCAGCAAGAGUCAGGACAAGGCUCUGCUGCCCACAGAGCAGGAGUCCAGAUUUGUGGACUGGCCUACAUUCUUGCGGGAGAAUGUUGUCUACAUCUUGGCUGCUCGCCCCAACAGUGCAGCAAUUCAUCUGAAACCCCCAGGAUAGCAUGGAGCAGAGAAGCUCAGUUCGGGGACAAUGGUCUCCCUCCUCUCCUUUUUCUCUUUCCCUCUUUCCCCCAACAUCCUCUGGUACUGAGACUUGUGGGGAUGGAGCACUGCCAGCAUCUCAAUUUGCCACUAAGCUUUAUGGAACUGAAAUCACUGCUCCCCUCACAACAGAGGCAGUAUAUGCAUUGCUGCAGGGAAAAGCCCUGGGAGCUGUGGCAGUAUCCACUCCUGGAGCCACCCCCCUGUCCUCACAUCAUAGACUGGACCUGCCACUGCACACAAAUGUGCGCACAUGCACACACACACACACACGCGCACAUGCGUGCGUGCGCACGUAUGCGUCACACUGUCCAUGCCUUCAGAGAGCUGGUUCUUCUUGGUUGAAAAGGACCAAAGUUCUUUUUGUGAAGCUCCUGGUAUAGAUGAGAGGGGUCUCUAUUCACUUCUUCUAUUGGCCAGUUCUGAUUUCCAAUAGACAAGUCUCUGGCCAAGUGAUUGUUUUUUGUUUUUUGUUUUUUUAAUUUAUUUUCUCACCAUAGCAUACAUCCCCAAUGUCCAUCACCCAGACAAGUGAUUUUUAAUAAUAGGGCAUAUCAGACUCACAUGCUAUCCUAGAGAUGUUGAUAGGUUUCCUCUUCCUCUGUUGAAAAUCCCUUCUGUGGUGAGCCAUUGUUCUGAUAGGUAUGUGCUAUGUCCCUUGGGUAUGUUGGGGUGGGAAAAUUACUGAAAACCACCACUGCACUUCAGCCCAUUCUUUAUUUAAAUUCUAAUUCCUAGUGACAGAGAAGGCAACUAGUCUAUGGAGUCCUAAUUAGAAGAAGGGAAGGCAGCCCUCCCAGGAACCCAGGAUUCUAGGAACCUCUCAGCCAGGUCUUUCGAGUCCAAAAGUCUUUAGCAGAAGAGUCAAAAACGAAGAUGAGCCAUCCUGGCCCCUGUUUUACAGAUGGGACCACAUGGCCCAGAGCCCAAAGGGCCUGAAUAGAACAAGUAUGAUGGCAGAUGCUUUAGAUGUAUUAGAUGCUUCACCCAAGUCAACUACCCCAAAGACGGGAAGCCUGAUCUCCAAUGAAGACAAGGUUUGGAUGAAAAACAAGAGAAGGCUCAUGAUCUUCCAUCUUUCCACCUUACCCCAGAUGUGGACCUGGAAGAGUGUGCCAUUGGAUGGAGAACAAGAGCCAGCAUCUUCACAGCCCAGAAAGAGCAGCAAGGACUCCUUUCAACCACCCUGACAAGUUGGAACCAAGAAGAGGAUUUGCAUCUCAGCUCUUUCCUUCUUUUUUUUUCUUUCUUUUUUUUUAAGAUUUUAUUUAUUUAUUUGACAGAGAGAGAGAUCACAAGUAGGCAGAGAGGCAGGC